UCCCCGAGGAUGAAGAAGAAGAAGAAGAAGAGUCCACCAUAGCUCAUGAAAACAUUUGAUUGGAAGCUUGGAGACCUUCUACGAGGCAUGCAGGUCGUUCCUGUCAUGGUAACUCUGGCACUAGUCGUUGCUGCGGUGGCGAUGAGGCAGGGGGCACCGUUAGAGGCGUGCGUAACAAUGCUGCCCCAGCAUCCCAAGGUUGGUAACUCACCACCAAUGCAAGACCCGGAUCAUUCCCUCAAUAACCUGUUCGUGCUGAAAGCCUCAUACGACGUUACGACUCACAAAGCUACCAUUACAUUACAGGGUGUUGGCGCCAAUAAGUUCAAAGGGUUUUUGGUGCGCGCCAAGAAUGCCAAGAACCCUGACGAAUACGUCAACGGCCUCUUCACGGAUUUAGCUCUCACAGAAGGAAAGACAAUCGACUGCGACAAGGCCGCUAAGAGCGCUAUCACCCAUUCUGAUGUAUCGGAGAAGACUAAAGUGACUGCCACCUGGACAGCACCUCCGGUCAACAUGCCCCAGUCCAUCGUAUUCCAGGCAACGGUGGCGAAAGAAAAAUAUGCAUUUACGAACGAGAUAAGAUCCGCGCAGAUAGAUAUAGCUGCUCCACCGACUGUGAAGCCCGUUGCUCCGUCGUCUACCUCCCCCCAACCCGUUCCAACGCCCAGAAGCUCGUCCCCAAAGGGGCUUCCGCGCGUCAAGUGGAUCCUCCUUCUAUUUUGUAUUAUACGCAACAUCUGAAUCGUGGCUCAGUAAACACGUUCAGCUGUCACGUGACUUUCUAGCCCUUUUAGCUCCCAAACUGACGUCCACUCUAAAAACAUAACUUUACGGAAUAACGCGCUCUGCGCAAAUGAUUGUCACGAAUGAUGGCGUGUCGCUUCUGAUUCGAAGAGAGAGUGGGGAGGAGGCGUACGCCCUUUUCUCUCCUCAAAUGAGAAGCGACAACCCU